AUGGAUGUACAAAAGGAUGUAAUUGAUAAAAUAUUAAAAAAUGAUUUAAAUUCUGUUAAAAAUCUUUUAUCGAGUCACAAUAUAAAACCGGAUACAUACGAUGAACAUGGUAUGACUCUUUUACAACAUGCCGCCUAUAAAGGAAGCAAAGAAAUGGUACAAUUUUUAUUAGAUCAGGGUGCUGAUGUAAAUUCCACUAAGCAUGAUUACAGCUACACAACCCUUCAUUUUGCUGCUUUAUCAGGAAGUACAGAAGUUUGUCAAUUACUUUUAGAGCAUGGUGCUAAAACUCAUGCGACUAAUUCAGUCGGAAGAACUCCCUCUCAAAUGGCAGCUUUUGUCGGAAAUCAUGCUUGUGUUACCAUAAUUAAUAAUUUUGUACCCAAGUCUGAUAUUGAUUAUUAUACUGUACCAUCAGGUUUUGAAGUCGAACCAAAAUUACCAGCUUUGGCUUCUGGACCUUUACAUAAAUUUGUCAUGGAGUUUUUUUACCUAAGUAAAAUUAUUGAAAAAAUAAUCAAUUCAAAAAAAUAUGUUGGAGCUGCUGAAUUAUUGAUAAAAAAAAUUUUGCAAUCAACAAAUGGAGCUUAUCUGGAACAAUUUUUAAAAGAAAUUGUCGCUUCUUUUCAUAAUAGAGAGUGUACAACUUACAGACAAAUGGUUCGUGGUUUAAAUUCCAAAGAUAAUUCCGGUUAUGGAGCUCUUACAGUUAUUACUUCAGUAAUUAAUGGUCAGAGAGGAUUUAUCGACUCUGAUGUUGACUCGUGUGCAACCUGUGGAGAAGAAAAAAGAAGUAAAAAAUGUUCCAGGUGUAAAUCAGUACAAUAUUGCGAUAAAGAUUGUCAAAAGUAUCAUUGGUUUGUACAUAAAAAGGUUUGUGGAAAUCCAUCGACUGGAGAAAAUAAGGUAAAAACAAAUGAAAAUUCUAAACAAAGUGCUAUUCAAGAAGCAACAGCAGCAUUAGCAUCUGAAAUUAAUAAUUUAAAAGCAUCGUAG